GGGAAGAAAAGGCGAGUUCAGAUUCGACUCCGUGUAGGAAAUGAACGGUCAUAGUUAUACAACAACGUGUGUGUCACGAAAUGUCAGACUUCGGCUGUGGCUCUGAGUUAAUGUAGCCAAAUAGCUCGUUAGCAUGAGAGGUCAUCAUGGCGAAAGUUCCUAUGGGGAAAGUAUUGCUCCGAAAUGUCAUCAGGCACACAGAUGCCCACAACAAGAUUCAGGAAGAGUCUGAGAUGUGGAAGCUUCGAGACAUGGAGCUCCAAACCUCAUCUGCUCAAGCUUCGAAGCACAGAUGGAUGACGAGCGGUCAUUUGGCGAGGAGCAACAUGCACUGCGACAGAUACUUGGAUGACUCAGAAGGAUCUGCGCGAGACAGGCUUGGAGAACGGAAAUGUCUGUCUGAAAAAGAUGAGCGAGAGGCUCGAUACUGGACACGAAAACUCUAUGAAUUUGAGGCCAAUGAUCCAGACAGAUGGGGUCAUAGUGGAUUUAAGGAGCUUUAUCCAGAGGAGUUUCAGUCAGAUGGAGAGACUGGUUGCACUAAAGGCAGCAGAAAAAAUGGCAAGGAAAAAAUGUCAGCUGACAGACGGAAGAACUCCAAGAAAUCCUCCAAGAAGAAGAAGAAGAAAAAGAAAAAGAGGCAGAAGACUGCAGGGUCAGACUCGGAGUCUGACAGCAGCGCAACGGACAGUGUCAAAAGGAAGCAAAAGAGGAAAAGUGGCAAAAGUAAACACAGUAGAAAGAAGGGACACAAAAGCAAAGCGAGAGAGGAGGACAGCAGCACGGAGGAUAGUGAAUCGGGCAGACAUAGAGACGUCAAACACAGGAAAAGACACAGAACUGCAGACGCUCAGACAGAGCCUGAAAGGAAAAAGAGGAAAAACUGGAAAGUAAAUGAAGAGAAAUCAGAGGAGAGCUCUGAGGACUGAAACGUGUUUUUAUACAAUCUUUGAUCAGAACUAUUUUUCUAAAAACCCACGCAUUAUUUUUAGAUUUGGCAAACUGUUAGCGUGGAGUCAUCGCCCUUAUCUCAAUACCUCACUCAACUGAAACUUGAUAGUUCUUUUGAAAACAAAAAAAUGUUUUCUAACUUGUAAUGUUAUGUUUUUUAUAUCAUUUUAAGAAUCCUGCCAUGUUGUUAUGAAUGAUUUCUAGUGUUUAUACACAUUCUAAUGAAAAUUUUCGUAUGUUUUAUAACCAAGACUCAGGUGUUUUUCUCUCAUAAGGAACAUAUGUCGUACCGCAGAUCUAUUAUUUGAUCAAACUGAGCUGUGAGGCCUUUUAGUUUGUGUCGGGCGAAGAGCUGAAAAUGCUUGGAAGGAAAAGCCCAGGAGGUGGCACUGUUGUGCUGUUGGCCCUUUUUAACUCUCAGCAUGCAUUCACAGUUCUCCUUAAAAUUGAGCUCUUUAGCUGGAAUCAACCCUUCUGUGUGUCAGCAGAGCUAACACCAGAGAAAAUGGGAGAAGUGGUAUUGGUUUCUCAGUCCUGGUGGGCUGCAACAGUUAAAGUUCCUCAUGAAAAAUACUUAAAUACCAUAAAAGUGCACAUUCAACUGAUUCAGUGGUUCAAUCACAGUUUUUCUUGUGAACUCAUACGCUCCAUGCAUUUUUUCAGUUGUUUUUAUUGUGAGCUCGUGUUCUUGCUUGUUCCAAAUUCAGAAUAUGUUAAGUCUGAGAUCAUUUUAACGAAAAUGAAACGCUUUUAGGGCACAGUAUUUAUGCAAGACAUUGGAAGAACUAGCUUUUUUUUUUAAAACAGUCCUCAUGAGGUUGUUUGUAUGUUUAAAGGGGAAUUUAAAAUAUCAGCUUUCUCAAAAUGCAUAAUGCAAUCAUUUAGACGUAAACAAAGUCAUUCAGAGUGGUUUGAUGUUAAAGACCUUUAAUAGAGAAACUUACUCAGAUUUCUCUACAGGUUUC